AUGCGGCUCUCCAUCACUCCAUGGCCAGGAAGGAGUGUCCUUUCCUUCUCCUUCUGCUCGGUUUUGACAAACCAAACGGCUUCUUACUUCUGCGGAACACGACGAGAUCCGGAAACUCAGAGAGGUCUCAGGUUGGCCCCGGUGAUCUUCGGACGCCAUCUUUUGCCCGGAGAAACAGGCGAAAACAGGGUGGUUUCAUACCCGCCCUUCCAUGUUGUGCUCGGCCUCCUUGCCGCUGGCUCCAGCGUUUCCGCCCGCCGUCAGCUUCUCGCCUUUGUCGACUCCCAUCUCGUCGACCGCCUUAAUUCUGUAGCCGCUCGACCCGACGUCAUCUUGCCCUAUGACAAUCUCGCCGAGGUCCCUCGUAUCCGUUGCGUCAAUGCCUUAUGGCUUGAUCAAUCCCUCACCUUGAAUCCCUCUUUUAAACAGAUUCUCGACUCUGAUUAUAGAGCCGCUCUGCACCCAGUGGACUUUCAGAACCAACCUCCUCAUGCGACCCAAGAAAUUAAUUCUUGGGCGGAGAACGAGACAAGUGGCCUGGUUAAAGACUUUAUGCGUGAAGAGUUUCUCAGCAACUCAGUCAAGUUUGUCAUUACAAAUGCAAUACACUUCAAAGGAGCAUGGAAAUAUAUGCCCCUUAUAGUAGAAGAGAACAAGAACUUAGAGAUGGAUCCCUCCAUAAUUGCCAAGGGGAAUGCAUUGAAGGAUUUGAAAAUGGUUGAUCAACCAUUUAAAAAGCAAAGUAAAUAUGACUACGACCGUUCCAGCACAGUAAGCUGUUACCCAUUUAAAGAUACUGAUCGAGAGUGUGUAGAACGUGUUACAGAAAACUUCAAGAAUCUACGGGACCACCAGAAGACCCCAAAAUUUAAUAUUUCUUCCGAGGAGUGGCUGAGGGGAGUAGGGGUGACAUUGCCGUUUUUUGGAAAGUGGAGAGGGAUGUUUAGUUGUUUCAGAGGUGGUAAGAAUUUAUAUGUUUCCAGCAUAUUUCAGAAGUCAUUCAUGGAAACAAACGAACAAGGGACUGAAGUUGUGUCCAUCACUGCGGCAGUAGUAACGUAUGGGCGUCCACCAUGUCUAUUAUUACCUCCUGUGCCUACAUUAGGACAUGAAUAUAUCUACCCACUCCACACUUAUGAUGGUACUACGGCUAAAACAGAGUCUGUCAUUAUUGAUCUCAGCGGUCUUAUCAAAUAG